AUGGACAAAUUGUUAUGUUGGUCUCCAUGGGCUCAACGCCUCACCCUCAAAUCUCUUUCUCUUAGGUAUCAGUCUGAACUCUGGGAGGACGAGGCUGACAGCUGUUUGAGUUUCGACAAUUGGCUUGAAGCAACAAAACGACGUGGCGUGGAGGAUCUCUAUCUACACUUGUUAGAUGUUCCAUUGGCACCUACCAUUUUCUGCUGUAAAACACUUGUGCAUCUGCAUUUGACGACGAGGAUAAGUGUAGGCUCUAUGCUUCACUGUUCCGUUGAUCUUCCUUUGCUCGAAACGUUAUUUCUGUUUCACAUUUUUUUCGAUGAUACAAAGGAUUUCAUGAAACUUCUUUUUGGGUGUCCCAAAUUGAAAUCUUUGACUAUAUAUCGUGUAAAUGCUAACGUCGGUGUUCCAGAGGGAGGGUACUUUAAACACUUGUCAAAGUUGAAAUCGGCUUGUAUCGAAUUGUUCAAUGUGCCGUUCAAAGCAGUUUAUAAUGUCAAGUGUAUCUAUCUGUAUAUGGGAGAAUUGGGCGUGCCUAUCGUAAUGCAUGACUACUUAACCGGUGGAUUCACUGCAAAUACUACCUUGGCUCACUAUUGCCACGAUACCAAGAUUGGGCAAAGUCUUUCCAAUAAAGAAAUCAAUUCAUUUGACAAAAGCCUUCCCAUGUUUGAAAACUUAACCGAACUUGAACUAUUUUGGUCUCAAGGCAUUCAUGACUGGGAGGUAGUGGUGAAAAUGCUACAGAAUUGUCCCAAACUUCACUCUCUUUACAUUGCAAAGGAGAAGUAUUCAACAACCAUAGAGCAUUGGGAAUAUCCAGAUCAUGUUCCAGAAUGUGUUUCAUCUCAUCUAACAAAAUUUGAAGUUAUAGACUAUGAAGCUUGUGAAACUGAUAUUCGAUUCGCAACAUAUAUUUUGCAGAAUGCGCAACAUAUCUCUCCCACAUGUAAGCUGAAUCUCAGCAGUUCCUAG